AUGUAUGCUCUACUUCUUAUCUACCUGAUCUUGAGGGAUACUACUGCACAGGUCAUCCCUCCUGAGGAGCUCCAAGUUGUGACCUCUAGUGGCGUCAUAAACGGAAUCUACAACAACACCGAAAGUACAGUACGCGGCUUCAUUGGAAUCCCGUACGCCGAGCCCCCAGUCGGAAGUCUACGAUGGGCACCACCCAUUCCAAAAUCCUCUGAAGACCUCAUCGAUGCAUCUACAUUCAGUGAUCCCUGUGCCCAAGUCUACAUCUACUCUAAUCAGUCUAUCUGGAGUGUGCUCCCUUACAAGAUAUGGAACUCGGCGAAUAUGUCCGAAGACUGUCUUUACCUGAAUGUCUGGGCUCCUUCCAAACGUCGCGAUGAAAAGAGAAGAAACAAAGCAGCAGUCAUGAUGUUCAUCCACGGAGGAAGCUACUUUUCCGGAUCUGGAUCGGUCGGCUACUACGAUGGUACUUAUUUGGUACAAGACAACGAGGAUAUCAUUGUUGUGACGUUCAAUUACCGACUGACCGUGUUCGGAUUUCCUAACUCACCUGGCUUGGAUCCCAAGAAACAAAACCUCGGAUUAAUGGACCAGCGGUUGGCGAUCGAGUGGGUGCACAAGAACAUUGCUCAAUUCGGUGGUGAUCCAAACCAGAUCCUCCUCUUUGGUCAAUCGGCCGGUGCUUCUUCGGCCGAUCUCUACUCAUAUGCGCAUCCUGAAAAGCCGCUCGUUAGAGCCCUUGCUCUUCACUCGGGGACUGCUCCGUUGCUAGUCACGCCUUCGAACAAUGAGAAUUGGAACAAUCUGUCUACCGAUCUUGGCUGCGGCAUCGGAGCAAAGUCUCAUAACUGCAUGAGCCAAGUACCAGCAAUGAAGAUACUGGAAGCGCGUGCUCAUGGCAACUACAGCUUCUAUCCUGUUGUUGACAACGUUCUCGUGUUUCCCGACUACGCUGCUAGGGCUAGGAGGGGCAAACUAGCACGUCUCCCUACACUGGCUGGGAUGACUGAGCGUGAAUAUUCAGCCUUCUUUCCUCUGAAUUCGGAAUCUGUCAACUUGACUCAGAUCUACGAGGUUGGGCAAGUCAGAUAUAACUGCCCUCUUCGAGACUCGGUGAGGAUACGAGUCGCCAACAAUAUCCCUACCUGGAGGUAUCUUUACCACGGUAACUUUACUAGUCUCAGCCCAAUCCCAUGGCUAGGCGCAUACCACGGGGCUGAGAUACCCAUGCUCUUUGGAACUUACAAUUUGUCGAAUGUAUACCCUACCUCAGCUAUAGAAGCCAAGGCCAGUAAAUACAUCCAGGGAGCCUGGGUUUCUUUUGCCAAGGAUCCUUAUACUGGACUGACUCGAUAUGGAUGGCCACGGUUUCGAUUCAAUGAGCCGACUUUAAUCAAUAUUGCCUUGAACAACAGCAUCCCAGCAAUAUUGACCUCUGCUACUUGGGAUCGGUGCUGCGAGGAAGAGAGUGUCCGGUCUGAAUUGUGA